AUGCGCUUCCUCUCUAAAAGUGACGACGCCGGAGUGCUCAGGACCGUCGCAAUGGCCGCCCGGCAUCAGAUCAAGCUGUUUUAUGACGUGCUGAGCCCCUACAGCUACAUUGGCUUCCAUGUCAUGCGCCGCUAUCAACGCAUCUGGGACGUUUCGCUCCAGCUGCGUCCAGUGCUGAUUGGAGGCAUCUUCAAAAACACUAAGAACGCACCCCCAGGCCUCAACAAGAUCAAGUUUGAUUACAUGCUCACCGAUCUCAAGCGGCUGGCUCAUACCCAUCAGCUGCCCUUGUCACCAGCUCCCAAUACCAUGGAGUACAUGUUCAAGGGUGGCUCCCUGCAGGCCAUGCGCUUGUUGACAGCUGUGGCUGCAGAUCAGCCCGAAGCACUAGAGGAUGUCACCGUCGCUCUUUUUGAUCGCAGCUGGGGCAAAGGCGUCGAUAUCAAUGCAGAAACUAGCUUGCAAGAAGCAUGUGCCGCUGCCAAGCUACCCACCGACACUGCCCAAAAUCUGAUUCAGGCCUCACAAACGGAUCGUAUCAAGGAACUCCUCAAGAGCAAUACCGACGCUGCGCAACAAUACAAUAUUUUUGGCCUGCCCAGCUUUGUUAUCGAUGACAAGGACAUGUACUUUGGAGCCGAUCGCAUGGACGUCAUUGCAGCUCAACUGAAUGAGCCCUGGUAUGGUCCUCUUGCCAAUCCUUAUCAAAAGGACGUCCAGGAGCUCAUGAGCGGCAAAGCCAAGCUUUAG